AUGUUCCUCCUUGCUCAAGUUUUCACCACUCUUCACCAACCCGAACUCAUUCGUGUUCUCACUGAGGCUAUUCUAAUUGGUGAUCCCACCCUACUCCUACAUACCAAUUCUUCUCCGUCUCCCACUACAAGUGAGACAGAAGAUAGGGAGGAGGAGAAAGUGAGGGAGACUGAAUCGGACACUUCAGCAGCCGAAUGCGCAGAUGUGCUAGCCUACUUGCGGGCUGCUCACCACGGGAAACGUGCGAUUAAAUCCACUUCUCCCGGCAGUCGUCUACAAGCUUUUCUCAAAACAGUUGCCGCUUGUGGAGCCAUGGAUCCUCGCCGUGGCGUUUGUGGUGGGUGGCCAAUUUCUCCCAGCUUGGAUGACGACAUUGCCAGGUGUUCGGAGCGCAUUCGAAGCCACUAUAAUGGCGGAGCAAGUGAGAGCAGCGGGUCUUUGAAUUCGACCACAUCUCAAUCCUCGUCCGAUUUCACUACACAGAUAGCCGUACCGCCGACGAGUGUAUCUCCACCCACCCCUCGUCAAAGUCGCAGUCAGCCCUCUUCGUCAAAGCUGGCAGUACAGAGCAACGACGAUGGUCCCGCUUGUAGUAGCAGCUUCACUCUCAAUGGAAAGCCCUUUCUUCGUGCCCUUUUUCGGUCCCUGGAAGUCGGCCUUGGUACUGACUAUGACACCUUCUUUGCCCUCUCCCUCCUUAUCGCCAUCAAGCAGAAUGGAGGUCUGGACGAGGACACUCUGGCUUUGGCUCAAUUGCACACCCCCACAUCGGAUUCGCCCUGUAAUUCCAUGCUCAUCACCAAACUCCUGGACAUUAUUAGCGACGCUGCCAAGAUGGGCAGCCGAGUGAGAGUGGCCACCCUUAAUUUGGCUCUCUUUCUCUUCUUCCUUUUGACUCGUGAUGCUUCUCGCAGCUGUCAACUUACAGACAAUCAGAGGCGGAAGUUGGAAGCUGCCUUUCUAGAAUCGCGCGCCAUUCUCGCCGAUCUCUACUUAGUGAGUCUACAGCCCCUAAUAUGGUGCCAUUCAGAGCGUGUUUCAGGUGUCACAACUUGUGGAACUACCACACAAGAGGUCGAGAUGUAG